AUGGCGGAGGCCCGGGCCGUCGCGGCUCCACUAAAGCACCGGUUCUUCUGUCACUGCUGCAAGUGUGAAACGCAACCUCAGCUGCCGGAUUUUGUCUGCCCCAGGUGCAAGUCGGACUUCAUUGAGGAGGUAGCAAAUGACUCCAGACUCUUGGAGAACAGCACACCAGAGACCAAUGAUGAUUCCAACUCGUUGUUCUCAGAAUUAUGGCAGCUGUUGUUUAUGGAGCGCUCUGCUCUGCUGUCGCACCCGCCGUCGUCAGAGUCGGACCGGGAAGACGUCGAGAUGUUUCUCAGUGGUCACGGUCAUCUUCCGCUAGUACCACCGGGCAACGCUGAGGUCAGAGAACUGCAGUUUCUCUCCCAGCCCGGAGAGGAGAGGUCAGCCCAACCUGAACAAAGGCCUGAAAUGGAAGGGAUUGUGCAGCACUUCUUGGCCGACUUGUUUACUACCAAUGGAAAUCCCGGCGCCGCUCCAGCUGCACUAUCAAGCAUGCUGCAGCUGUACUCAAACCCAGCAGAUUAUGCAUGGGGUCAGGGAGGUUUGGAUACAGUCAUCACAGAGUUAUUAGGACAGUUGGAGAACACAGGUCCACCUCCAGCUGAAAAGAACAUGAUCUCAUCCUUGCCGACAGUUUGCAUCUCUGAAGAGCAAACAGAAUGCAGACUGGAGUGUACAAUUUGUAGGGAGGAGUAUUCAUCAGGGGAAUCUGUCCGGAAGUUACCCUGCCUCCAUUACUUCCACAGUCAGUGUAUAGUACCGUGGCUGGAACUGCAUGAUACCUGCCCGGUGUGCCGAAAAAGCCUCGACGGUGUUGACAACAGCCUCCUCCUGCAUGCAUCGCAAUCUCCACAGGGUCGCUCCAUAAGGACAGAGCAACAGGGGAGGCAGGCCAUUUGA